AUGAAGCUUUCACAAGAAACGGUUCACCAGCUUCAAUCCAACCCCGAAUGCAUUCGAAACAUCUGUAUUCUUGCCCAUGUCGAUCAUGGUAAGACAUCACUCAGUGACUCACUUUUGGCCACCAAUGGUAUCAUAUCCCAAAGAAUGGCUGGUAAAGUGAGAUACUUGGACUCUAGAGAAGAUGAGCAGUUAAGAGGUAUUACCAUGGAAGCUUCGGCCAUCUCUUUGUACUUCAAAGUUGUCCGUAGAAAGCAGGACAGCGAACACCUUGAAACCAAUGAACACUUGAUUAACUUAAUCGAUUCUCCAGGCCACAUUGACUUCUCCUCCGAGGUCUCUACCUCUUCCAGAUUGUGUGAUGGAGCAGUGGUGUUGGUUGAUGUGGUUGAAGGAGUUUGUUCUCAAACAGUUAAUGUCUUAAGACAGUGUUGGGUGGACAAACUCAAGCCUUUGUUGGUAUUGAACAAAAUCGAUAGAUUAAUCACCGAGUGGCAGCUCACACCAAUGGAAGCAUAUCAGCAUUUAUCCAAAGUCAUAGAACAAGUGAACUCUGUUAUCGGUUCCUUUUUUGCCGGUGAAAGAAUGGAAGACGAUAUGAUUUGGAGAGAAAGUGGUGCUACAACUGAAUUCGUGGAGAAAGAUGAUCAAGAUAUCUACUUCACCCCAGAGAAAAAUAAUGUCAUUUUCGCUUCAGCUGUGGACGGGUGGGCAUUCUCGGUGCAUACCUUUGCGAAGAUAUACCUGGCUAAAUUGGGAUUUUCUCAAUCGGUGUUGUCUAAGACCUUAUGGGGUGAUUUUUACUUGGACAUGAAGAACAAAAAGAUCAUCCCCAAGAAGAAGCUCAAAGCAACCCAAAAUUUGAAGCCUUUAUUCGUUGGAUUGAUUUUGGAGCAAGUAUGGGCAGUUUACGAAAACUGUGUCAUCGAAAGAAAUCAAGAAAAGUUGGAGAAAAUCAUCGAGAAGUUGGGUGCAAAGGUUAGUCCUAGGGAUUUGAGAUCUAAAGAUUACAAGAACACUUUGAAUGUAAUAAUGUCCCAAUGGAUUCCUAUUAGUCAUGCUUUAUUGGGUGCCGUUAUAGAUUUCUUGCCAAGUCCAGUCGAUGCCCAGAAGGAAAGAAUCGGAAAGAUAUUGGACGAAAGUAUGUACAGUGCGGUUUCAGAGUCAAAUAAGGCCAAGAUAAUUGAUCCAGAAUUCGAGAAGGCUAUCCUCACCUGUGAUUCCUCAAAUCCUCAACAACAUACAAUUGCAUACGUUUCGAAGUUGAUUUCCGUCAAGGAAGAAGAUUUGCCCAAGGAGUCAACUUCUGCUAUACUUACUGCCGAUGAACUCAGAGAGAGAGGAAGAAUUGCCAGGGAAUUGGCGAAGAAGGCAUCAGAAUCGAUCGCUGAAAAAUCAACUGAUGAAUUCACAGUAGUCAAAGCAGACCCAUUUGAAUGGGAGUUCGAAGAAGAUGAAUUUGAAGAAGAGGAAGAAGAGGAAGAAAUAACCCCAGAGACUUUGAUCGCAUUCACUCGUAUUUACGCUGGUUCUCUUUCAAAGGGUCAAAAAAUCACCGUCAUUGGCCCUAAGUAUGACCCCAGCUUACCUAACGACAGCGAAAGCAAUGCAGAACAAAUCACCCAUGAGGUCGAAAUUAAGGAUCUCUAUCUUAUUAUGGGAAGAGAGUUUGUUAAAAUGGAUAACGUCCCUGCUGGUAAUAUUGUGGGUGUUGUUGGACUCGAACUGGCUGUAUUAAAGAAUGCAACAUUGUGCUCUGACCUCGGAAAUAAACCAUACAUUAACUUUUCUUCAACUUCAACCUUAAUCCACAACAAGCCAAUCAUGAAGAUAGCCGUUGAACCUACUAAUCCUAUGAAAUUGUCCAGAUUGGAAAGAGGAUUGGAUUUAUUGGCUAAGGCGGAUCCUAUUUUUGAGUGGCACAUUGAUGACGAUUCUGGUGAAUUGAUCGUCUGUGUUGCAGGUGAACUCCAUUUGGAGAGAUGUUUGAAGGAUUUGGAAGAGAGGUUUGCUAAAGGAUGUGAGGUGACAGUAAAAGAGCCAGUUAUCCCAUUCAGAGAAGGCUUAUCAGAAGACCCCAAAGAGGUCGGAGAAGCGGAUGAUGAUGUUGUCCUUCCUGGAGUGGACCUACAGUUCGAAGUCACCUCCUUACCUAAGGAGGUUACUCAAUUUUUGAUCGACAAUGAAGCUGAAAUUUAUGAAAUUGGUCAAACCAAAUCUUAUGAAGGUUCAUUCAAGGCAAAAUUGAUCGAAAUAAUUUCCGAAAAUCCCAUCAAGAGUUCAUUCAAAUCAGCCGAAGAGUUGGUAAACAGUAUCAUUACUUUUGGUCCCAAGAGAGUUGGUCCAAACAUCUUUGCUGAGUUUGGUAACUCUCAAUUUAGACAUCUUUUAGACAACAAAGAAGGAGAAAGAUUUGAGUUUGAAUCAAGUGUGCUCAACGGAUUCCAAAUUGCCACCAAUGAAGGGCCAUUAGCAUCUGAACCGCUUCAAGGUAUUUUAGUCACGUUGAAGAAGAGCAAAUACGAAAUUGUUGAUGAGGAAUCUAGGGUUGUAAACUUGAGUGGUAGAAUAAUUACUUUGACUAGAGAUUUGAUUCACAAGACGUUUUUGUUAGGAUCUCCUAGAUUGUUCCUUGCUAUGUAUACAUGUGACAUCCAAGCAUCAUCCGAGGUUUUGGGUAAAGUCUACGCGGUGGUACAGAGAAGAGGUGGCUCGAUCAUUUCAGAGGAGAUGAAGGAAGGUACACCAUUUUUCACCAUUGAAGCCCAAAUCCCAGUCAUCGAAGCAUUUGGAUUCUCGGAGGAAAUUAGAAAGAAAACUUCUGGUGCUGCCAGUCCCCAAUUGGUCUUUGCUGGCUUUGACAUGUUGGAUAUUGAUCCGUUCUGGGUUCCCCAUACCGAGGAAGAGUUGGAGGAGUUGGGUGAGUUUGCUGAGAGAGAAAAUGUAGCCAGAAGGUAUAUGAAUACUAUUAGAAGAAGAAAGGGGUUGUUUGUUGACGAAAAGGUUGUCAAAAACGCAGAGAAGCAAAGAACAUUGAAGAAGGAUUAG